AUGAACUGGGGAAUCUUCGAGGGGCUGCUGAGCGGCGUCAACAAGUAUUCUACAGCUUUCGGCCGCAUCUGGCUCUCCCUGGUCUUCAUCUUCCGCGUGCUGGUCUACCUGGUGACGGCCGAGAAGGUGUGGAGCGAUGACCACAAGGACUUCGAUUGCAACACGCGCCAGCCGGGCUGCUCCAACGUCUGCUACGACCACUUCUUCCCCGUCUCCCACGUCCGCCUGUGGGCGCUGCAGCUCAUCCUGGUCACGUGCCCCUCGCUGCUCGUCGUCAUGCAUGUGGCGUACCGGCAGGCCCGGGAGCGGAGACACCUGGAGCAGGUGGGUGAAGGAGGCGGGCGCCUCUACCCAAACGUAGGCAAGAAGCGCGGAGGGCUCUGGUGGACGUACGUCUUCAGUCUGGUCUUCAAGGCCAGCGUGGAUUCAGCCUUCCUCUACGCGUUCUACGGCCUCUACCGAAACUACCUGCUCCCGCACGUGGUCUUCUGCAGCGAGGAGCCCUGCCCCCAUACCGUGGACUGCUUCAUCUCCAAGCCCACCGAGAAGAACAUUUUCACACUCUUCAUGGUGGCUACCGCCGUCGUCUGCAUCUUGCUCAACCUGGUAGAACUGGGUUACUUGAUCAGCAAGAGGUGCUGGGAGUGCCGGGAGGUUCGGAGAAUGGAUACCAAGAAGGACUUGCUGUCCAGGGGCGAUCUCAUCUUCCUGGGCACGGACCCCAAGCCACCGCUGCUGCCUUUUUCUCCUGACUCCCCCCGAGACCAAGUGAAGAAAACCAUGGUAUAA